GUCUACUGAGUGCUCUCUGUAAGGCGAAGCUUGAGACGGCUAACAAAUCCAAAGAAUUACCCAGACGUUCUCGUAACCGGUGAAUAUUGAAACGCACCGUGGUUCUUCGAAGACAUGUCUCAAAGUCUCCCUAGCACGCUAAGCACCCAUGGCGGUCCGUCACAGCCAGCACCGACGGAUGAUGCUCAAACCACGGCCCCCGCGUUGCAAGUUGGCGCAGACUCCGCACCAGUCACCCCCGUCAAGCGUGGACCAGGUCGACCGAGAGGUAGUGGCGUGAAAUCCAAGUUCAUAGACCCAAACGCACCUCCACCGAUCAAACGUCCCGUUGGUCGACCCAGAAAGGAUGGCCUCCCGGCUGGAUCUGUCCCCAGGGCGCCGUCGACGACCGUGAAGAAGCGUAAGGUCGCUGCGCCGGGCAUUUUCUCAGAAGCGGCGACUUCAGCCAGCGCACCUCCACAGUUCGCGACGACCCCAAUUGGCCAGUAUUCUGCCGCCCCUCCGCCACCUUUCCAGGGUGGUUAUAGCACCUUAUCAGCCGCCCUCCAGGCAGAACCACCUUCACCGUACAGGGACUCGCCAAAUGCGCAUGCUACCCGAUCUACCACACGACCGCAACCAUCCAUCGACCCUUCUCUUACACGCGAUGAUUGGGCAAACCUCUCUCGUACCAGCCCAAACGCUCUGGUACAAAGCCUCAUCGCGUCACUGCACGCCCCUCAUCCGAUCUCGCGCACCGGCUUCCCUGUCGAAGAGGCGUUCAAGUAUCACGUCGCGGCCCUCGGGAUCAACUCAGGGGUUGCCUCAUACUACUCUACAGUCAAGACGUUCUGGCUCCCUUGCUCCCCUACUUAUUUCUGUCUCACUGCCUCCGCAUCCACGCCUACCCCACCUGAAUAUCGAUUCCUCUACUGGGACCCUCAGCAGCUCGUCUUCAAUGGCAUAACGUGUCCGCAUUGCUCAGCACCCCUGGCUAAUAGAGGCAUCAUUCGCUCGGGACCGAUCAAAGUGUACGACCUUGGAAAGCCAUUCUUCAUCAUCGGAGUGGAGUACAAUUGCUCCAGUCAGAUAUGCAAGUCCGUGUCGCCGGAUGGACGAAAGUUUGCGAGCACGGACCCGUUGAUCAUGCGUUCUCUCCCUGCCAUUCUUCGGGACGAGCUGCCCGCGCAGCUUCUCGAGUUGCCCCCUGAACAUUCAUAUGCCUGGAAUUGGGAGCCGAUGGGAGUCUCGAAGACGAUUUGGAAUAUGGUGAGGACAGGUCUAGCUAUGGGGAUUGGGAAAGACACGUUGUUACAGCUUCUGCGAGGAUCGCUCGAGGGGCCAACAGGGAUGCAGAUGAUGUUCCAGAAGCGGGAGGAGGAACCGGAUGAAUCCCAAGACCAUAGAGACGUUGAAAUGCAGAGUCCCACGAUUGACGGGGAUGGGACAGCAUCUCAGACGAAUGAAACUGUCCAGCAAGAGGGCGAUGCUCCAGCAACAAACUUCAGCACAGGUGCUUGGAAGAGCACAGACGGUGUCAACGGUGACGGACAACAGCAACCAGAGGCGAGCACAUCCUCUGCCGGCGCGGUCACCACAGUAGCACAGACUCUCCCAGGACCGGUCCCGCCUCCUUUUGCAUACGCCCAGGGUGCGCCUCCCUACAUGCCCAUUUACGGAGCACCUUAUCCAUACAUCUAUCAGCCAACCGACCCUAACGCCGUCCCACUCGUGUUCAAACGCGGGGGCGAGAUAUUGACGACGGAACCGCCGAGCAAACGAAUCCGGCAUUGCGUCAAGUGUGGGUCGAAGGAUUGUAAGGGCAAGGGCGGUAGGAGUUUUUGUACGAAUGCGUGUCAGGAUUGUGGGAAACCGGAGUGUAAGGGGAGAAAUAGUAAAAGACCGGAUAAGACGUGUGUGGAUGCGUGGCCUUGAAAUCAUGUCUUUCUCUUCUUUUCUCUCUCUUCUUUCUGGAUGGCGCACAGUUGUGGGGUUCUCUCAUAUAUAAUACGAUGACUCCGUUAGUAAUUCCAACCAACUGGCAUGGCUUGCCUGUU